ACUGUCAGUUCAGUCGUGUGGCUCCGCGGGUUUCACGGGCAUUGCGUGUCUCCGGGUUGAGUAUGUGAGGCAAAAGUGACGAAGCAAGAAAUAAAGUGGAGCAAAACAUUCAUACAGCAAGGAAAAUGUUUAUUCGACAUACUUCUACCGUCUUCUGCUUUAUCCUUACUCAGACUCUUCUUGUUUGGUCUCAAACAGUCAUUUCACCUAAAGCUAGCAAUGUGACAACAGCUUCCAUAUUUCUGUGCUGGGUUGCACCACUAGGAAGAACAAUCUCCUAUGGAGUAAAUAUUUCAAACAGUGGACAAAGCAAACAACUGGUUACCGAUAACACUUACAUUAAUGUGACAAACCUGGACCCUGCAACAUUCUAUUCAUUUGUUAUUUUUGCAGUUGCUGGAGAUAAUGUAACAGCUGGUGAUUCUGCUACCAUCACAGCAUUUACAAGUGAGUGAACACCAUGUGUUGAAAUUAAGUAGAAUCAUUUUCCUGGCUGAAUCAGGUACUGAGUCAAUA